AUGGCUUCCCAAGCAAGCCCAGAGGUGGUUGACGAGAAGGUCACUAAUAGCACCACGGUGCCCGCCAAUGAUCACCCAUUUGAGAACAAGGAGACACUGGCACGCCAUCAACCGAUCAGCAACGCAAGUAGUACCGAGGAUGUAAGUCCCGAUGCCCAAGAAGGUGUCAAGGACGUCGAGGCAAUCACGAUGACCUGGAGCCGGACGCAUUUGUACAUGGCAUAUAUCUUGUAAGUGAAAACACGGACAACCGAGUAGUUCGAAAUUGGCAAAGUCGCUAAUAAUAUUGGGGACAGCCUCUGGAUCAUCUACUUCGUCGACGCGAUGAACUCAGGUGUCACCGGCGCUCUCACUCCUUAUGUUACUAGCUCUUUCCAACGACACUCCUUGACUGCAACUACCUCGAUCAUGAGCAGCAUCAUUGGUGGCCUUUGGAAGCUUCCCCUCGCUAAGAUUUUAGAUCUUUGGGGCAGACCACAAGGUUUCUUGAUGAUGUCUAUGGUUUUGACUUUGGGUCUCAUUAUGAUGGCCGCAUGUAACAACGUGCAAACCUAUGCUGCAGCACAAGUCUUUUAUUGGACUGGGUAUUUAUUCCAUACGCCCACCUGCUCUGUAGCAAAGCUAACAGCACACACAGCUAUAAUGGACUCACCUACACCAUGUCAAUCUUCAUCGCAGAUACAUCCGCUCUCAAGAGUCGAGCAUUCGCUUUUGCGUUUGUUUCGUCUCCAUACAUCGCCACAGCCUGGAUUGGAGGUCCAAUUGCCCAGAAUUUCUUGAGCGGUGCUGGUUUCCGAUGGGGAUUUGGAACUUUCGCAAUUGUUACGCCAAUCAUGACUAUGCCCUUGUUCCUCCUACUUUGGUGGAACCAGAACAAGGCCAAGAAAACAGGGUUGAUCCAACAGAGAAACAGCGGCCGGACUACUUUCGAAUCUCUUAAGCAUUACGCUAUUGAAUUCGAUGUCAUUGGAGUUCUUCUUCUAUGUGCCGGCCUGGCCCUCUUUCUUCUACCGUUCAGUCUCUACUCUUAUCAGCCCCUUGGUUGGAAGGCCCCCAUGAUUAUCUGCAUGAUUAUAUUUGGAGGCGUCCUUCUGGGUGUCUUCGCCGUCUACGAGAAGUAUUUUGCACCAGUUGCUUACAUCGAUUACUCUCUUCUUACCGAUCGCACUGUAUUUGGGGCUUGUAUUCUAAGUGGUGUUCUCUUUGUCGAAUUUUACAUCUGGGACAGUUAUUUCCCCUCAUUCCUUCAAGUCGUUAACGGCCUCAAUGUCACCGAAACCAGUUACAUAGUCAACAUCUACAGCAUUGGAUCUUGCUUCUUCUCUCUCAUUGUCGGCAUCCUUGUUCGGAUUACCGGAAGAUUUAAGUGGCUGGCACUCUACUUUGGUGUUCCAUUCACGAUUCUUGGAGUUGGCUUGAUGAUUGCUUUCCGUCAACCAGACCAAAACAUCGGCUACAUCAUUAUGUGUCAAAUCUUCAUCGCUUUCUCUGGAGGAACCCUUGUCAUUUGCGAGCAAAUGGCUGCUAUGGCUGCGGCUUCUCAUCAACAAGUUGCUACUGUCAUUGCAGUUGAGGGUAUGUUUGCUUCCGUCGGUGGAGCAAUUGGUUCUACUGUCGCUGCUGCUAUCUGGACUGGAGUGUUCCCUAAACAGCUUGCCAAGAACCUUCCAACAGAAGCUCUACCAGAACUGACAACCAUUUAUGGGAGUUUGACCACCCAGCUCUCAUACCCGAUUGGCAAUGCCACUCGAACUGCUAUCAUCGAAUCAUAUGGCGAGACACAGAAAUUGAUGUUGAUUGCCAGUACCGCGGUUUUGGUUCUGGCUAUUGGAUCUGUAAUGAUGUGGAGAGAUAUCAAUGUCAAGGAUCUCAAGCAAGUCAAGGGGGUUGUGUUUUAG